UGGUGACAGUGGCCUGUUCCCCAGUGGGGUUUAUUGGUCUGUCAAUUAAAAAUUUUUAAAAUCCUGACAGUGGAAUUAAUGGGUAAUGAGAAGAGUGCCCUCAGUGGGCUAGAGAUAGACGAAAAAGCUAUUGAAGUUACAGAUUUUUGGCUUCACCACAGUGCAAGCACCAGUGGUGGAAAUUCUCAAUGUCUUUCGGUGUUCAUCAGUGAACCUUCACUCCAUUCAACUGCCAACUUUGGCAAGCCCUCACCCUUGGAGAGGACAGCCAAGAAUUUGAUGCUCCAUCGUCACCCCUGCAUUCUCAAGUACAUCUCCUCCUGGAAGAAGGGCAGUUCCUACUAUCUAGCAACUGAAGAAGCUAAACCCCUGGCCCAGGUAAUUGGGACCCAGACAACCUUGCAAAUAUGUAUAGGACUUCACAGUAUCGUACGGGCCCUGAUAUUUCUCCACGAGAAUGCCCUAGCCUCCCACAACAAUCUCUCCAGCAGUUCGAUAUACGUCACCCCCGAGGGCUCAUGGAAGUUGGGAAGUCUCGAGUUCCUCUGCAAAUUCUCAGACUUCAAUCAGGCUUAUUUAAAGAAAAUCAAGAACUUCAGGUACGAGAAGGCUAUCACACCUGAGGAGGACGUCUCCUCGAUGGUAUCCCAGGUCAAUCCAGUGUCCAUUGACCAAUUUGCAUUUGGUGUUCUCACCGAGGACGUUUUGAGACUGAAGAAUUCAGACGAUGUGCCAGCCCUCCUAGACUUCAAAGAACUAUGCCGACAACAAUUACAAAACCCUGAUCCAGUCCUGAGGCCAAGUCUUAAUUCCCUUCUACGACACCCAUUUUUUACCCAUGACUUUAUAAAUAUUCACGCGUUUCUCAUGGAGUUGCCAUUGAAAACUGAACCAGAAAAGGAGCAUUUUUUCUCGAAUCUAGUUCCCCAGCUGCAGUCCUUCCCCGAAAAAAUUGUGGCAGAGCAGUUGGGACGUCUCCUGCUCUCCCGUCUGGUCCUUUUGGAUCCAACAGCUCAAUGCAAACUUCUCCCCUACGUCCUAAAACCCAAAACCGAGGAAGAGCCCGGUCUGUUCUCAGUCUCAACUUUCAAGAGCUACUUAGUCCCUCAACUCCUGCAGAUGUUCUGCGUUCGUGAUACUUCAGUUCGCCUCCUCCUCCUCUCCCACCUAAACUCCUAUAUCUACGCCUUCCAAAUGGACGAAUUAAAACGCCAAAUUCUCCCCGAGCUACUCGUCGGUAUAAAAGAUCACGACGAUCAGCUGGUGAGUGUCACCCUGAGGGCGUUGGCCGACCUAGUGCCAAUUCUGGGUGCUGCCACAGUGAUAGGUGGAAAAAGGGGAAAAUUAUUCACCGAUGGACGACCAAAUCACAACCAGACUCGACUAGAAAUGCGAAACAACAAGAGAGAAGUCAAGAAAGUCGAUGAGAUAGUAGAGGUAAAUUCCCCUGAGGAGAUUCCUGUCAUGGAAUUGCCAGAGAGACCAUCACCAGAUGGUGGAGAGGAGGCUGAGGAGACAACUGUCAUCGAAGAAGAGGGCACGUGGUCUGAUUGGGACACCCACGAGACUUGCAAUACCCAGGGAAAUGAGAGAAUUGAGGAAAAUAAUAGAAACGAAAUAAUUCAGCCGUCAAAAUCCAUUUCCAAAGUUGAUCGACCAAUCUAUCCCAAAAAAAUUCACAUAUCUGAUAUAUCUGAGCUCGAUAUCAAGCACUCGAAGACUCAGGAUAAGGAAGAGGUGGAUUUUUUUACGGAUAUGGAGCCAGUUAUUGAAAAAACGAGAAUUCUUCAUAUUGAGGAGGAGCGGGUUAAAAAUGUUAAGAGUGUCUUUGAUUUUAAGGCGACGUCCUUGCAGGACGACGACGAUGACGGAUGGGGAGAAGACCUCAAUGACUGGGGUGGAGAGAAUGGCCUCGAUGAUGUUAAUGACUGAGGGAAAAUCAGAUUCUGGAGCGAAGUGAGAGAACGUGAGGGAUGGAUUCUAUUGGGGAUUAUUCUUUUGGGUGUAGCUGCCACGGGGAUGGAUUUAGCCGUAGGAGGCAGAGGAACUUUUUUGUAGAGUGAAAAAUUCUGCGGAAAAAAGUUUCUUUCGGCUUCUACGUCGGAGCCACCGAUCGCGAGAUUUAUCGGAAUAUCGCGUCGCGUUUUUUCACUUCGUUUCGGAAUUCUUCAGAAUUCUGGUGAUUUUUUAUUGAUAAGAGGCUCGAUGCUGCAUUUUUGUUGAAUAGACUUGGGAAUUGUUGAUAGAGAGAAUUUGUAAUUUGUAUCAUAAACGAAUUUCGAAUAAACUGUAUUAAAUAAAGAGAAAGAA